AUGGAUGAUUUUGAUACAACUUUCCAAGCUAUUGACGAAGAUGAUUUGGUAAUGUUAGAAUCUCCUCUAGUUGCUAAUACGAAAAAUGUAAUUGAGGGAGACUCUGUUGAAAUAAAAAAUAAGAAAAAAAGGGCAAGGCGAUCUCCAGUUUGGAAACAUUUUACAAGGAUCGGUAAAGUUGAUGGGGGAGAAAAAUGUACAUGUAAUAGUUGUCAUGUUAUGUAUACAUGUGGUGGUGGCACUGGUCACUUAAAGCGCCAUAUUCUUGCUUGUCAUAAAGUUCCAGACAAUCAUGAUGAGGGACUCAAGUUGGAUGACGAAGAAACAUUAUUGAAGAAGUGGCAAUUUGAUAAUAAGGCUUACAGAGAUUCACUUGCUAGAAGCAUCAUAAGACAUGAUCUUCCAUUUAGCUACGUCGAGUAUGAUGCAGUUUUGGUUACAAAUAAGAUAUUGAAUCCUGAUUUUGUUCUCAUUUGUAGAAACACUGCAAAAACCGAUUGCAUGAGUGUGUUUUCAAGUGAAAAGGAAAGGCUAAAGAGUGUGUUAGCAUCCAUUCCAGGUAGAGUUUGUCUAACUUCUGAUGUAUGGACAGCUGUAACAACACAAGUGCACAUACAGGGGUUGAAUUAUCUGGAAAAUUGUUUGGUGCUCUUAAGGAUUGGGGAAUAG